AAGGUAGUAUUCUGCAGCUUUUGUUUGCAGUAGGCAAAUACUGUCAGGUGACUCUGGUAGUGAUUCUUCCGCGCCGCUCGGUGUUUGAUAGUGUUUCGUCGGAUGGUCAAAGGGAAUUUCGCCUCGCGCCUGUGGUCAUUUCCAUCCAAAUCCUAGCACUGCCAUGGCUGUGUUCACGCAGUUGCCAAAUGAGCUCCUCGAAAAUAUUAUCCUACACUCCUUGCCGGAGGGGUUUGAGAGCUUGGCCCUAACCUGCAAGCAUCUGUAUGCACUCUGUACUCCGCAUGUUAAGCACCACAAUCGACUACGCUGGCAUUUCGAGAAGUUUGAGUACGGCAAGACAGAUCUAAUGGUCCAGCAUAAGCUGUCCUUGCUCAGCCUUCCCUACACAGCCUGCUCUGCCUUUAAUUUGAUUGCACGCAUCGCGGUCGAGCCGACAGUAGCCCACUACAUUGGAGAGGCAGAUUUUGAGAAAGACGGUCAAUUCACCACGGGCAUAUUCCGCACAUUUGCCACCGAUGCCAGUCGUGAUAAAGCUGUGACCAAACUGCUAGCUGAGUCUUCAUACUUACGGGAAGCAGGCCUUGAAUGGCAGGAAUACUACGCAGCCAUUGAAGAUGAUCUUGACGCCGCCCGCUAUUCACAACAUGCUGCGGCUUUUGUUUUGACACUCCUACCCAAUCUUAAGGUUCUCAAGUUACCAAGAGAGUGGAAACCAGUUGCUGCAACUAACAAGCUUCUCGAAGUUAUUAUGCGCCGAUCAAGGCGGGCACCUAUCCCUCACCGCAAGCCGAGCAUGGCCCAAGUCACAAGAUUCGAGGUAUCAGCCUCGCGUGAUGUUGAUAAAAGUUUUCAUCUAGAUUGGGCAACUUGUUUCCUCACCUUGCCGUACGUUCGGUCCUUCUGGGGUCUCGGAUGCGUAGGCACAGGCGACGGAUAUGGGGCCAUCACGUCUGCAUAUCUGCCCAAUGGCUUCCAAGCACUUGAAGCAGUUCACUUUAUGAGCGCUUCUAUUGAUGACAAGGCCAUAGCGGGCUUUCUAAAACAUACCCCAAACCUCAAGACAUUGAGAUACUCGCAUACCACAAACAACAACGGUGGCCUUGAGGAUUGGGAUCUCUGCCGAUUUGUUACAGCAAUCGAGCGCGAGACCGGGAGCCACCUCGUGGAGCUUUCUAUCUCGAUUGAUGAAAUGCGCGGCUCAAUUACUCCGGGCAAAGUGUCAAUGCGCGGGUUUUGUCGGCUGGAAAAGCUUGAGCUUCCCCUCGAAAUCACAACCUGCACUCUCCACGCAUCAGGAGAACACCAAUCAAACUAUUUCGAUCUAUUUCUGGGUGACCUCAUACCUGCUUCGGUAUCUCGGCUGUCCUUGAUCUCACACGGAAUGGACGGCUGGGAGAAGGCCCUCAGUAUGCUGUUCCGUGACUUUGCCGCCAGGAAGGUUUCUCAGGUGCCUGCUCUUAAAGAAAUCUACCUAUCCUGGCCGAUCGAUGUGGAUGAUUUGGACGAAAAGCAGUAUGCCACGCUAGCUGUGGAGACUCAGAAGGCAGGCGUGGUCUUAGAUAUCAUGUCGGACCCUUUCACUUGGGAUGGGGAAGAGUGAUGAAUCCAGAGUAAAAAGGGUAUAACUAACCUAUCGGUGCUGCUUGCAGAAUAGUUUCUUCGGAGACUAAGCACUGGAGCCUUUCAGUAUAUGGGAAAGCGAGUCUCUCCACGUGUAAGCGCACCUAACGAGCCUUUUACUAUCAUUGGGCACAUCUACCCGCGCCGUCUACGAGAUGGCAAGUCCAACCAGAACGGUA